AUGUCCUCUUUCCUCUCGCGAAAGCUGCUUUGGCGCCGCUCUUUCGUAACGGCCACGCUUCCGCGGCACGUAUUCCGCAAGGAUACGAUCAAUCCUUCGGUGCAGUAUGUGGCAUAUGCUGUGCGCGGAGAAAUCCCGCUGAAGGCGGCAGAGUACGAAAAGCGCUUGCGACUUGGUGACAAGCUGCCGUUCGAUUCGAUCGUUUGGACCAAUAUUGGAAACCCGCAGCAGCAGCCUAUGCUGGGCCAGGAACCUAUCACAUUUUGGCGCCAGGUGGCAGCCCUCACCGAGUACCCACAGCUGUUGGACAUGCCCGCGGCCGUGCGGGAUUCGAUGUUCCCCAGCGACGUGCAGGAGCGCGCGCAGGAACUGCUGAAAGCGUUUGGCAGUGUGGGUGCUUAUACGGCUUCUAAAGGCGUGCCUCUUGUGCGUCAGCACGUCUCGGACUUUUUGCAGCAGCGCGAUGGAUAUGCGGAAAAUAUCGAGAACAUUUAUCUGACGGCGGGUGCUUCGUCGGGCAUUUCCGCGCUACUGCAAAUACUCAUGCGCCCGAAUCGUGAUGGUCUGUUGAUUCCUAUCCCGCAAUACCCAUUGUACUCAGCAUCGGCAUCCCUGUUGAAUCUGGCCGCCCUCACCUAUCGUCUGGAUGCCCAGCAGCACUGGGAGCCCUCUCUGACCGACAUAAAAGCCAAGAUUGACGAAGCGCGUAGCCAGGGCAUUGAGCCGCGUGUCAUUGUGGUCAUCAACCCUGGAAAUCCUACGGGUGCCUGCAUGACACGCGCCGAGGUCGAGGACAUGAUCAAACUGGCCCAUCGAGAGAGUCUGGCAAUUUUUGCCGAUGAAGUGUAUCAAGAUAAUGUGUACAACAAAGACCGUCCCUUUGUGCCGUUCCGUCGCGUGCUGAUGGAGUUGCAAAACAGUCAAGAUGCGUCAGAGCGUGAGAUUGGCUCGUCCGUGGAACUGGUGUCUUUCCACAGCACGAGCAAGGGCAUGGUGGGCGAAUGUGGACGCCGUGGUGGCUUUUUCGUGCUGAACAACAUGGAUGCAGAGGUUGAGGCUCAGAUCAACAAAGUUGUGAGCAUGAGCCUGUGUCCGCCCACCCAAGGACAGAUUGGUGUCGAUUUAUUGGUGCGUCCACCAAAGCCGGAUGAACCGAGCUAUGAGCUAUGGCGUCAUCAGAUGGACUCGAUUUACCACACGCUGCGAUCGCGUUCUCAGCUGAUUGCCGACAGCCUGAACCGUCUCCCUGGCAUAUUUGCUGAGCCGGCCAUGGGAGCGCUGUAUGUGCUUCCACGUGUUCAUCUCCCGAAGAGUGUGUCUGACCGGGCGCGUCAGCUGGGCAAGAAGGUCGACGAGCUGUACUGCCUUGAGUUGUUGGACGAGACAGGCAUUUGUGUCGUGCCGGGCUCAGGCUUUAGCUACGAACCUGAGGUGUUGGAGGACGGCUCGACGCUUUCGUGCUUCCGUAUCACGGUGCUGGCGAAGGAGACGCAGGCCAUGGUAGAUCGAUUUACGCGCUUUCACCGCGCCUUUAUGGACAAGUAUCCAUGA